AGGCCAACAUGGCGGCGCGCAGGGCUGGGCCGGGCCGCCGCCGCGCCUGAGCUCCCCACCGCCCUCGCUCGGCUCGCGGCGUUCACGCCCGCGCCCAGCCUGGCCCGGCGGCUGCGGAGCGCGCAGGCCGGCAGCGCAGGGGCCCGCUCGGGCGUGGGGGCGGCGCGGAGGGAGCCGCGCGCGGUCCGCCAGGCCCGGGAGCCGCAGCUUCGCCGCCCGCCGGCCGGCGCGGCCCGGAGGCCCGCGCCAUGGAAUCGGAGGAGGAGCAGCACAUGACCACGCUGCUGUGCAUGGGCUUCUCGGACCCCGCUACCAUCCGCAAGGCCCUGCGCCUGGCCAAGAACGACAUCAAUGAGGCCGUGGCGCUGCUCACCAACGAGCGGCCGGGCCUCGACUACGGCGGCUACGAGCCCAUGGACAGCGGCGGCGGCCCCAGCCCCGGGCCCGGCGGGGGCUCUCGGGGCGACGGCAGCGGCGACGGCGGCGGCGGCCCCUCCCGCGGUGGGAGCACCGGGGGCGGCGGCGGCUUCGACCCCCCGCCCGCCUACCACGAGGUGGUGGACGCCGAGAAGAAUGAUGAAAAUGGAAACUGCUCAGGGGAAGGAAUUGAAUUCCCUACAACCAAUUUGUAUGAACUGGAAAGCCGCGUUUUGACUGAUCACUGGUCCAUCCCUUACAAGCGAGAAGAAUCACUAGGCAAAUGUCUGUUGGCGUCUACCUAUUUGGCCAGACUUGGUCUUUCCGAGUCGGAUGAGAAUUGUAAAAGAUUUAUGGAUAGGUGUAUGCCUGAAGCCUUUAAAAAGCUCCUGACUUCAAGUGCUGUUCACAAAUGGGGUACUGAAAUUCAUGAAGGAAUCUACAACAUGUUGAUGCUAUUAAUAGAACUGGUUGCAGAGAGAAUUAAACAAGAUCCGAUUCCCACUGGUCUCCUGGGUGUGCUUACAAUGGCUUUCAAUCCUGAUAAUGAAUACCAUUUUAAAAACAGAAUGAAAGUGUCUCAGAGGAAUUGGACAGAAGUGUUUGGGGAGGGAAAUAUGUUUGCUGUUUCACCUGUGUCUACUUUCCAAAAGGAACCUCAUGGAUGGGUUGUGGAUUUGGUAAAUAAGUUUGGAGAAUUAGGUGGAUUUGCAGCAAUCCAAGCCAAGCUUCAUUCAGAAGAUAUAGAACUUGGGGCAGUCUCAGCAUUGGUGCAGCCUUUAGGGGUGUGUGCGGAGUACCUCAAUUCCUCGGUGGUUCAGCCGAUGCUGGACCCGGUCAUCCUUACUACAAUCCAGGAUGUGCGCAGUGUAGAGGAGAAGGACCUCAAAGACAAGAGAUUGGUUAGCAUCCCUGAGCUCUUGUCUGCCAUCAAGUUACUCUGCAUGCGUUUCCAGCCGGAUCUGGUGACCGUGGUAGAUGACCUUCGAUUAGACAUCCUACUGCGCAUGCUGAAAUCCCCACAUUUUAGCGCUAAAAUGAAUUCCCUCAAAGAAGUAACCAAGCUAAUAGAAGAUAGCACUUUAUCCAAAUCUGUGAAGAAUGCUAUAGAUACAGACAGACUGUUAGAUUGGCUGGUUGAAAACUCAGUUCUGUCAAUUGCAUUGGAAGGCAACAUAGACCAGGCCCAGUACUGUGAUCGUAUAAAGGGGAUUAUUGAACUCUUGGGCAGUAAACUGUCUUUAGAUGAGCUCACUAAAAUUUGGAAGAUACAGUCGGGACAAUCGUCUACUGUGAUCGAGAACAUCCAUACAAUUAUUGCUGCAGCAGCUGUCAAAUUUAAUUCAGAUCAGCUUAAUCAUCUGUUUGUUCUCAUCCAGAAGAGCUGGGAGACUGAAAGUGAUCGAGUGAGGCAGAAGCUGUUGAGUCUGAUUGGACGAAUAGGCCGGGAAGCUCGCUUUGAGACCACUUCUGGAAAGGUGUUAGAUGUACUCUGGGAACUGGCGCAUCUUCCGACCCUGCCCAGUAGCCUUAUUCAGCAAGCCCUGGAGGAGCACCUGACAAUCCUUAGCGAUGCGUAUGCCGUGAAAGAGGCAAUCAAGAGGAGCUACAUCAUUAAGUGCAUCGAAGACAUUAAAAGGCCUGGAGAAUGGUCAGGUUUGGAAAAAAACAAGAAGGAUGGAUUCAAGCAAGGUGGGCUGACUGGGGAUUAUGUCUCCCUGCCAGGCUACACAGAAACUAAGCAAAGGUCAUCUCAGCUCAAUAACCCCCAGUUUGUAUGGGUGGUGCCGGCUUUGCGUCAGCUCCACGAGAUCACCCGCUCGUUUAUAAAACAGACCUACCAAAAGCAAGACAAGAGCAUUAUUCAAGACUUGAAGAAGAAUUUUGAAAUCGUGAAAUUGGUAACGGGAAGUUUGAUAGCCUGUCAUCGACUUGCAGCCGCUGUGGCUGGACCCGGAGGCUUAACUGGUUCAACACUGGUGGACGGCCGAUACACUUACCGGGAGUAUUUAGAGGCCCAUCUAAAAUUUCUAGCAUUUUUCUUACAAGAAGCUACGCUGUAUCUGGGUUGGAAUCGUGCCAAGGAGAUCUGGGAGUGUCUUGUGACUGGCCAGGAUGUCUGUGAAUUAGAUAGAGAGAUGUGUUUUGAAUGGUUUACAAAAGGGCAACAUGAUCUCGAGAGUGAUGUUCAACAGCAGCUUUUCAAGGAGAAAAUUCUUAAAUUGGAGUCCUAUGAAAUCACAAUGAAUGGUUUUAACUUAUUUAAGACUUUUUUUGAAAAUGUGAAUCUUUGUGAUCAUCGAUUGAAACGACAAGGAGCUCAGUUGUAUGUAGAAAAGCUGGAAUUGAUAGGAAUGGAUUUCAUUUGGAAAAUAGCCAUGGAAUCACCUGAUGAAGAAAUUGCUAAUGAAGCUAUUCAGUUAAUCAUAAACUAUAGUUACAUUAACCUAAAUCCUAGAUUAAAGAAGGAUUCUGUAUCAUUACAUAAGAAAUUUAUUGCUGAUUGUUACACGAGAUUAGAAGCAGCCAGCUCAGCCCUUGGCGGCCCCACUCUGACGCAUGCUGUGACGAGAGCAACAAAAAUGCUAACAGCGACUGCUAUGCCAACUGUAGCAACGUCAGUUCAGUCUCCAUAUAGAUCCACUAAACUUGUAAUAAUCGAGAGAUUGCUGCUUCUGGCCGAACGCUACGUGAUCACUAUAGAGGAUUUUUACUCUGUCCCACGAACUAUUCUACCUCAUGGGGCCUCAUUUCACGGACAUCUUUUAACUCUCAAUGUUACGUAUGAGUCUACCAAAGAUACCUUCACUGUAGAGGCCCACAGUAAUGAGACCAUAGGGAGCGUGCGGUGGAAGAUAGCCAAGCAGUUGUGCUCGCCUGUGGACAACAUACAGAUAUUUACCAACGACAGUCUGCUGACGGUGAAUAAAGAUCAAAAGCUCCUCCACCAGCUGGGCUUUUCUGAUGAACAGAUCCUCACAGUGAAGACUUCAGGCAGUGGGACCCCAUCCGGGAGCUCGGCGGACUCCUCAACCAGCUCCAGCAGCAGCGGCAGCGGGGUCUUCAGCUCCUCGUACGCCAUGGAGCAGGAGAAAUCCCUCCCUGGCGUUGUGAUGGCACUCGUAUGUAAUGUGUUUGACAUGCUUUACCAGCUUGCCAAUCUGGAGGAGCCAAGGAUAACUCUACGAGUACGAAAGCUGCUGCUCUUGAUACCCACUGACCCAGCCAUUCAGGAAGCCCUGGAUCAACUUGAUUCCUUGGGAAGAAAGAAGACAUUACUGUCUGAAACGAGUUCUCAGUCCUCAAAGUCUCCAUCCCUGGCCUCCAAGCAGCAGCAUCAGCCAAGUGCCAGCUCGAUUUUGGAAAGUCUGUUUCGGUCCUUUGCUCCAGGAAUGUCCACCUUCAGAGUGCUCUACAAUUUGGAAGUUCUAAGCUCCAAACUCAUGCCAACAGCUGACGAUGACAUGGCAAGAAACUGUGCAAAAUCCUUCUGUGAGAACUUCCUCAAAGCAGGAGGAUUGAGCUUGGUUGUAAAUGUCAUGCAGAGGGACUCCAUCCCAUCAGAGGUGGACUAUGAGACCAGGCAGGGAGUUUACUCCAUCUGUCUACAACUUGCCAGGUUUUUACUUGUGGGACAAACAAUGCCCACAUUAUUAGAUGAGGACCUCACCAAAGAUGGCAUAGAAGCACUUUCUUCUCGCCCAUUCCGAAACAUCAGCCGGCAGACAAGUAGGCAGAUGUCCUUAUGUGGUACCCCAGAAAAGUCAUCCUACCGACAGCUGUCCGUGUCUGACAGGUCUUCCAUUAGGGUCGAGGAAAUUAUCCCUGCUGCACGAGUUGCAAUACAAACAAUGGAAGUGAGUGACUUCACGUCUACUGUGGCUUGUUUCAUGAGGUUGUCAUGGGCUGCUGCUGCGGGACGACUGGACCUGGUUGGGAGCAGCCAACCAAUUAAAGAAAGUAAUUCUCUGUUUCCUGCUGGAAUCCGAAGCCGACUCAGCAGUUCAGGAAGCAACUGCAGCUCUGGGAGUGAAGGGGACCCGGCAGCCCUGCACGCGGGCAUCUGCGUGCGACAACAGUCUGUGUCCACCAAAGACUCGCUGAUUGCCGGGGAGGCUCUGUCUCUUCUUGUUACGUGCCUGCAGCUUCGGAGCCAGCAACUGGCAUCCUUCUAUAACUUGCCCUGUGUUGCUGAUUUUAUCAUUGAUAUCCUGCUUGGAUCACCAAGUGCUGAGAUUCGCCGUGCUGCCUGUGAUCAGCUAUACACUCUUAGUCAGACAGAUACUUCAGCUCACCCAGAUGUACAGAAGCCAAACCAGUUUCUCCUAGGUGUGAUUCUCACGGCUCAGCUACCUCUCUGGUCCCCGACUAGUAUUAUGAGAGGAGUCAAUCAGAGACUGUUAUCUCAGUGUAUGGAGUAUUUUGAUCUAAGGUGCCAAUUAUUAGAUGAUCUGACAACUUCAGAAAUGGAGCAGUUAAGAAUCAGCCCAGCGACUAUGCUCGAAGAUGAGAUCACUUGGCUGGAUAACUUUGAACCUAAUCGCACCGCUGAAUGUGAGACCAGUGAAGCAGACAACAUCUUAUUGGCAGGACACUUACGGCUCAUUAAGACCCUUCUCUCACUCUGUGGGGCAGAAAAAGAAAUGCUUGGUUCAUCACUCAUUAAACCAUUGUUAGAUGACUUCCUUUUCCGAGCUUCUAGAAUUAUUUUAAAUAGUCAUUCUCCAGCUGGCAGUGCCGCCAUCAGUCAACAGGACUUUCAUCCAAAGUGUAGUACAGUGAAUAGCAGAUUGGCAGCCUAUGAAGUCCUGGUGAUGUUGGCUGAUAGCUCACCUUCAAAUCUGCAAAUUAUCACAAAAGAACUGCUUUCUAUGCAUCAUCAACCCGACCCUGCUCUUACUAAGGAGUUUGAUUACCUUCCACCCGUGGAUAGCAGGUCCAGUUCCGGCUUUGUGGGACUGAGGAAUGGCGGCGCCACGUGUUACAUGAAUGCAGUCUUCCAGCAGCUAUAUAUGCAGCCCGGGCUCCCUGAGUCAUUACUCUCAGUGGAUGAUGACACAGACAAUCCAGACGACAGCGUGUUCUACCAGGUGCAGUCUCUCUUUGGGCAUCUGAUGGAAAGCAAGCUGCAGUAUUACGUACCUGAGAACUUCUGGAAGAUUUUCAAGAUGUGGAACAAAGAACUUUAUGUGAGAGAACAGCAGGAUGCAUAUGAAUUCUUCACUAGUCUUAUUGAUCAGAUGGACGAAUAUCUUAAGAAAAUGGGGAGAGACCAGAUUUUUAAGAAUACUUUCCAGGGCAUCUAUUCUGAUCAGAAGAUCUGUAAAGACUGUCCUCACAGGUAUGAGCGUGAGGAAGCUUUCAUGGCUCUCAAUCUUGGAGUUACUUCAUGUCAGAGCUUGGAAAUUUCUUUGGACCAGUUUGUUAGAGGAGAAGUUCUAGAGGGCAGUAAUGCAUAUUACUGUGAGAAGUGUAAAGAAAAGAGAAUAACCGUGAAAAGGACCUGCAUUAAGUCUUUACCUAGCGUCUUGGUAAUUCACCUAAUGAGAUUUGGAUUUGACUGGGAGAGUGGACGCUCCAUUAAAUACGAUGAACAGAUAAGGUUUCCCUGGAUGCUAAACAUGGAGCCUUACACAGUUUCAGGAAUGGCUCGCCAAGAUUCAUCUUCUGAAGUUGGUGAAAACGGGCGAAGUAUGGACCAGGGAGGUGGAGGAUCCCCACGAAAAAAAGUUGCCCUCACUGAAAACUAUGAACUUGUCGGUGUUAUUGUCCACAGUGGACAGGCACACGCGGGUCACUACUAUUCCUUCAUUAAGGACAGGCGAGGGUGUGGAAAAGGAAAGUGGUACAAGUUUAAUGAUACAGUCAUAGAGGAAUUCGACCUAAAUGAUGAGACCCUGGAGUAUGAAUGCUUUGGAGGAGAAUAUAGACCAAAAGUUUAUGAUCAAACAAACCCAUAUACUGAUGUACGCCGAAGAUAUUGGAAUGCCUAUAUGCUCUUUUACCAAAGGGUCUCUGAUCAGAACUCCCCAGUGUUACCAAAGAAAAGCCGGGUCAGCGUCGUCCGGCAGGAAGCUGAGGAUCUCUCUCUGUCUGCACCAUCUUCUCCAGAGAUUUCACCGCAGUCCUCUCCCCGGCCCCACAGGCCUAACAAUGACCGGCUCUCUAUUCUAACCAAGCUGGUUAAAAAAGGCGAGAAGAAAGGACUGUUUGUGGAGAAAAUGCCUGUGCGAAUAUACCAGAUGGUGAGAGAUGAAAACCUCAAGUUUAUGAAGAAUAGAGAUGUGUACAGUAGUGAUUAUUUCAGUUUUGUUUUGUCUUUAGCAUCAUUGAAUGCUACUAAAUUAAAGCAUCCAUAUUAUCCUUGCAUGGCAAAGGUGAGCUUACAGCUUGCUAUUCAGUUCCUUUUUCAAACUUACCUACGGACAAAGAAAAAACUCAGGGUUGAUACUGAAGAAUGGAUUGCCACUAUUGAAGCAUUACUUUCCAAAAGUUUUGAUGCUUGUCAGUGGCUGGUCGAAUAUUUUAUUAGUUCUGAAGGGCGAGAAUUAAUAAAGAUUUUCUUGCUGGAGUGCAGUGUGAGAGAAGUGCGAGUUGCUGUGGCCACCAUUCUGGAGAAAACCCUAGACAGUGCCUUGUUUUAUCAGGAUAAGUUAAAAAGCCUUCAUCAGUUACUGGAGGUACUACUUGCUCUGUUGGAUAAAGAUGUCCCAGAAAACUGUAAAAACUGUGCUCAGUACUUUUUCCUAUUCAACACUUUUGUACAAAAGCAAGGUAUCCGGGCUGGGGAUCUUCUUCUGAGGCAUUCCGCUCUGCGACACAUGACCAGCUUCCUCCUCGGGGCCAACCGGCAGAACAAUCAGAUUCGUCGGUGGAGUUCGGCACAAGCACGAGAAUUUGGGAAUCUUCAUAAUACGGUGGCGUUACUGGUUUUGCAUUCAGAUGUCUCUUCCCAAAGGAACGUUGCUCCUGGAAUGUUCAAACAACGGCCGCCCAUUAGUGUUGCCCCCUCCAGCCCUCUGCUGCCCCUCCACGAGGAAGUAGAGGCCUUGUUGUUCCUGUCUGAAGGGAAGCCUUACCUGUUAGAGGUAAUGUUUGCUUUGCGCGAGCUGACUGGGUCGCUCCUGGCGCUCAUCGAGAUGGUGGUGUACUGCUGCUUCUGUAAUGAGCAUUUCUCCUUCACCAUGCUGCACUUCAUUAAGAACCAGCUGGAAACAGCUCCACCCCAUGAGUUAAAGAAUACGUUCCAGCUGCUUCAUGAGAUACUGGUCAUUGAAGAUCCCAUACAAGUGGAGCGAGUCAAAUUUGUAUUUGAGACAGAAAAUGGAUUAUUAGCCCUGAUGCACCACAGCAACCACGUGGACAGCAGUCGCUGCUACCAGUGUGUCAAAUUUCUCGUAACUCUUGCUCAAAAGUGCCCCGCUGCUAAGGACUACUUCAAGGAGAACUCCCACCACUGGAGCUGGGCCGUGCAGUGGCUGCAGAAGAAGAUGUCAGAACAUUACUGGACACCACAGAGUAAUGUCUCUAAUGAAACAUCAACUGGAAAAACCUUUCAGCGAACAAUUUCAGCUCAGGACACGUUAGCCUAUGCCACAGCUUUGCUGAAUGAGAAAGAGCAGUCUGGAAGCAGUAACGGGUCAGAGGGCAGUCCCGCCAAUGAGAACGGAGACAGACAUUUACAACAGGGUUCAGAGUCCCCCAUGAUGAUCGGCGAGUUGAGAAGUGACCUUGACGACGUGGAUCCCUAAAGGAACGAACACGCCCAGCGUACAGUGAGGAGUCACAGCUCGGUUCCCGGGUGCUCAGCGCUGUUCUAAAAUCAGAUUCUCACCCUUGAGCCCUUUAGAAGAGCCUGCAGCUUGGACUAGGGAGCCCGGCGUGAUCCCAGAGGAGUGUGGGUUUUUAAAGAAGGCACUCUUGGCCCCUGGAGAAGGUUCAGGAGCUGUUUGGCCGUGGGAGAACUCCUGCCCCUGGAUCAGCGGCCCUGGGGCCCGGUUCACACGGGGAUUCACGUUUCUGUGGAGAUUCUAGGAAAUAAAGCCGGUGGCAGACUUUUUUGUUAAAUGAACAUACAAGAAUGAAUGGGGUAAAGCUGUUGCUUUCUCUAUGAUGCUACAAAAGAAAUUCCUUUCGUUUUUAUAUUUAAAAAAAAAAAAAAAACAAGCUGCCUUUAGAUAUGUGGGGGCAAAUUUUUAAUCUUACAGUAACAUUGACUAGGAAUAUUCAAUUUAAAAUGAUGUAAAGAUAGGUGAUAAAAUUCCUUUUCAUUGUAAAAUAGUAGUUAAAGAACUCCGUUUACACAGACCUUUGUAUUUAAUAUGUCUCCCUAUUUGUAUAGAAUUUCAGACGGGUCAGGAUGAGAGCCCUGGGCGCAUAAAGUUGGAUCUUGAUGAAAUGUUACCAGGAUCAAAAAUUGGGAAAUUUAUUAUGCUCUUUAACAUACAUUUCUGAUAUAAUUGAGGUUGAAAAGAGCAAUAAAAAAAAAAAAAGUCCUCCAGAAAUACCAGGUGCAUUCUUC